AUUAACGCCAAUACAAAUGCGGCCGCACUGGCAGUGGGGGAGAAAGGGGCUGAUCUGGUGCUGGAGGACCACCGGACACAGUUUGGUAGUGAUCCCGUUUAUGACCAGAGUUGGGGGCAUAAAUACUGUACACAGCAGAGACAACAAAUACACGACUUGUUUGCAAAUCGCUUUCAAUUUAACACGUCGUAUGACUACAUAGUGGUGGGGGCUGGGAGUGCCGGCUCUAUAGUGGCCUGUCGUUUGGCUCAUGAAAAGGGUAACCGAGUGUUACUACUGGAGGCGGGCGAUGGACAGGACUCAGUGAUGACUGACUUUCCCGGUAUGUUUGGCUAUAACCUCCAGAACCCGUCCCGUAUUUGGCAGUACGUCAAUGAAGAGCAGCCAGAGGUGGGACAGGCGUUCAUAAAUAGACAAACACCAGAAGCAAAGGGAAAGGUAUUGGGCGGCGGAUCUACUGUCAACGGUAUGAUAUACAACAGAGGGAACCGCAAGUAUUACGACAGUAUUGCUCGUGAUUUCGGUGCCAACGGUUGGAGUUUUGAACAAUUGUUGCCGUAUUUCAAGAAAUCAGAGAAUAAUACCGAUCCUAAUGUCGAUCCCAUAUAUCACGGCCGCAGUGGACCGGUGGGUGUGUCCACUCCAUCAGAAAUCAAUCCAAUUUUAUUUAGUUGGCAAAAAGCACUGACAGAACAGGGCUUUCCAGUUGUGGACCCAAAUGGGCCGACACAGUAUGGCACGAGUAUUAUGCAGACGACUAUCAGGGAUGGGAUGAGACAAUCUACUGCCAACUCAUAUUUGGAAUUCUCUGAUAUUUGCCCUGAUAUUAAUAUAUUAACAGGGGCAUUUGUCACUAAAGUGCUUAUAAGUGAUCAAUUGAAUAGUCCGAAAGCAUAUGGAGUGGAGUUUACUAAAGGAAACCGAAAUUAUCGUGUUAUGGCUAACAAAGAGAUUAUUGUGUCAUCCGGUACAAUUGGGUCACCACACCUCUUAAUGUUAUCGGGAAUAGGUCCCAGAAAGUACCUACAAUCAUUUGGCAUAGAACCUAUAUGGUCUGACCUACCAGUUGGUCAUAAUCUCCAGAAUCAUUUGGCAGUAAUCAUACCAAUGCUUAUUAGAAACUCUAGUUAUGUGUUGCCAUUGCCUGAAUCCAGUAUCCAGCAAAUGUACCAGGCACUAUUCCAAUAUACCGGCCCAUUAGCCAACUCAAUCAUAUGCUUUCUAUAUGAUAGAGGAGACGUCAAUAUCGAAGUACGUGUACAUAAACCCACAGCCAGUGCCGGGAUGUUCGUACUGUCCGAGUGGACCCGUAUGGAAGUG